AUGCGCGCACCCGGGAUAACUUAUCAGGAGCGACGCAACAUGGAAGCCAUGGCCAAAAACCUACAUGACGCCCGUAGUCGGAUUGGUUAUCAUCAUCAUAACAUUACUGACAUGUCAGAGGUGGUGGAUACGAUGUGUGGUUAUGUAUACGCCGCCAGGAGGAUGGAAAUUAGAGCUAUGAUCACUAGUGCUAUCACGAGAGGGCUAGCAUUGAUUCUGGCAGUGGCACUUGUCUGGAACGAUGGCCCAAAGAAGAAACACCCGCUCACGCCCAACACAGCCUGA